AUGAGUGAUUACGUGACUAAACGAAUGCUAGAUCGUGAAGCGGAGUUCACAGAACAGAAGACCAUUAGUGUAUUUGUUGGUACAUGGAAUGUCAAUGGGAAAUUUGCGUCUGAUGCACUCGAUACCUGGUUGAUGUGCGAAGCAGAACCAGACAUAUAUGCUAUAGGAUUCCAAGAAUUAGAUUUGAGUGCAGAGGCGUUCAUAUUAAAUGAUAAUACACGUGAAGAGGAUUGGACACGUGCUGUGGCUCGAGGAUUAGGAGAUAGAGCUACUAAUUAUUGGAAGAUCGUAUCCAAACAACUGGUUGGCCUAUUGCUUAUGGUUUUUGUAAGAAAAGAACACGUCACAAUCGUCAAAGAUGUGCAAACAGACUCUGCUGGAGUUGGGAUAAUGGGAAUGAUGGGAAAUAAAGGCGGUGUCUCAGUUCGAAUGAGAUUCCACGAUUCUACUAUAUGUUUUGUGAACUGUCAUUUGGCAGCCGAUGAUACUCAAGUGCUAAGACGAAAUCAGGAUUAUCUUGAAAUUUGUCGACGCAUAACUUUUCCGAUAAAUCCAUCAUAUUCUGUCCCAUCGUCACCCGUUUCACCUAUAACACCUAUUCCGACUUCGCCUAUCUCGGCAACAGCGGCAUCACCGAAUUGGCUUCAAAAUAAUAUACCUAUUGCAGUGAAUAUUGGAGGGAUGAUAGGAAUUUCGGGUGGUCCUGCUCCGGAAAAAGCACUUACGAUUUUUGACUCCGACCGUCUGAUUUGGAUGGGUGAUUUGAAUUAUCGGAUUGAGGCUUUACCACUCGCAGAGAUUAAGGAUUUAUGGGAAAAAAGAGAUUUCGAUGUCUUGCUAAAGUUUGAUCAGCUUAGCAUUCAACGAACAAAUAAGUGGGCAUUCGAUGAAUUCGAAGAAGGGCAAAUCACUUUCCCUCCUACUUAUAAGUAUGACGUCAGAACAAAUAAUUGGGAUUCCAGCGAAAAGAAGAGAGCUCCUGCGUGGACUGACCGAAUUUUAUGGCGAAGUAAAGAUAGUGAUGGAAUUAAGCAACUUGCUUACCGAAGUCACAUAGACAUUACACAGAGUGAUCACAAACCUGUCAGCGCGAUAUUUACUAUGAAGAUCAAAAAAAUUCUGCCUUAUAAACAGAAUGAAGUAUACAUUAGCAUAGUCCGAGAACUGGAUAAAUUUGAAAAUGAUAAUCUGCCGGAUGCAAACGUUUCUUGCUCUGUGUUCGAUUAUGGCGAGAUCAAAUAUUUGGGAGCUCCGCAGACAAAAUCAGUCACGAUAGAAAAUACAGGGCAUGUUAUAUUAAAAUUCAAAUUUGUACCGAAAUUUGAUGAACAACAUAUUUGCCAACCUUGGCUAACUAUUGAGCCUUCACAGGGAUUCAUAGUACCCGGUGAAGGUGAAACUAUCAAGCUUACCGUGGCUGUUGAUAAUGUAUCAGCGCCAGCACUUAAUGCCGGCGAGAAAAUAGAAGAUAUUUUGAUCAUUCAUUUGGAAAAUGGAAAAGACUUUUUUAUCUCAAUACAUGGAAAGUACGUUCCCACGUGCUUUGCAAAUAAUUUAGAGAGAUUAGUACGUUUGCCAAAACCUAUUAAAUUGGCGCAUGACGAGAAUUUGAGUUUAUUGCCAAUCGGACAUCAGAUUAGUGUCCCAAAAGAGAUAUGGCGAAUUUUAAAUUUUAUCAGUCAAUACGGCAAAAAUGUGAAUGACUUAUUCACAGUGACGGGUGAUCAAUCUCUGAUAACUUAUAUUCGUGAAUGCUUAGAUACAGGAGAAGAAUUUGAUCUUUCUUUACUUCUCGAUGAUCCACAAAAAAAACAAGAAUCUCUUCCUACUCCACUUGAAGAUGAUGACAAGACAAUAGUUGAACUUGAUAAACAUUCAACAGAUUUAUCUACGUUGACUGAAAAACCAUCACAUGGUAGUCUUGGUGACAACAUCGGCGUACAUUCGAUGGCUGAAGUUCUUAUUCGUUUCCUACAAUCUUUACCAGAACCGGUGAUUCCUUUUCAUUUAUACGAUCAAUGUAUAAAUAUUAAGAGUAGACUUGCAGCUCAUGAGGUGUUAGAGCUCAUACCAAGUGUUCAUGCAAAUGUUUUCAUAUAUAUAACCUCACUCUUGCAAGAGGUAAUUAAUCACAACAAGAAAGAUAUCGGUAGAAUUGAAACUUUGGCCUUCGUUCUUGGUUCAGUGAUGUUGCGAUCAAAGACUAACGAUCGACUACGAAUGGAAUUACACGCAUCACAAGCACAAAAGAAAAAGGAAUUUUUGCUGUACUUUAUAACGAACGAAUUGGAAUUGGAAGAUGAUGAAGUUGAAGAUAAUUUUUCUGCCGAUUUGUAA